GAAACAAAUCGUGUAAAAUAGCUUGGUUUGGCAGAAGUUUUGUUUUCUACAUUCUGUGAUUUGGUAGAAGUGUUUUAACCGCAAUCCUACAAUCAAUUACUGGUCGUCGCUUCAAACAUUGUACAUCAUUGAAGGCGUACCUGCUGACGGGGCGGCAAACCCAAGGGUGAUCAUCAAUAAACGCAGCGCGCUGAACGCAUCACCUAAAAACCGGCUCGAAUCGAACACGUCGAGUGUAAAGCUAGUACAACCAAGAUGCCGGAGAGCGGACCAGUUUAUCAACCGACGACGGUGUCGUUCGAGGCGCGUCCAAGUGCUGGAGGGCUGUUGGCGCAGACGACGGCGGCUUCAUCGCUGAAGAUGCUUCGUAAACCUGCCGCCCAAAUAUCGGUACUCGUUUUUGGCUUGGUCAUGUUUGCUGUAGGUAUUGCCCUCGUUGCUAGCGGUUCUGCAGAUUAUUCAGAUGCCGAACAACACCCAGAAAUAAAUCCAGACGGCAAGGCACAGGAAGAACGCAUCGACGUCGGACUUAUUGUGGCCGGCGUAUUGGUCACUUUACUGGGAGUGGUCCUUCUAGGACUGUACGUGAAGGUGGCUGAUUGGCGGCGUAGCUGCGUCUGUCCGUGCGCUUUGUCCAAGAAGCAGGGACUUGCGCGUCAGCUGCAGGGCAAUGGUGGAGGCCAGAUUUUGGCGUUGAAUCCGAGCACGGACCCGCUCGUGUCGCACACGCAGUAUGCACCGGUGUCGGAAAUUCCGACCCGCCAGGAGGACGAAGAGCGAAGGAACUUGAUGCCGGAUAGCAAAGACUCCUGCCUGAGCAGCGCGGAGGAAUCGGACCGGAUGCUGGACACGGAUCCGCGAAUCGUACUCCGACCGAUCGGCAGUACCGUAGAAGAUGCCUAAGUAGGCCACAGCGGCAGCUGGGUGGGGUCAACGGGGUGAAACCUGGUGGAAACAAACCUCUUUCUCGUGCUCUGUGUGAAUGUGACUCCUACUUCCGUGGCCCCACUCUUUUCUCUCUUUUAACAUCAUAUCUCUCUAUCGGCUUGUAAAGCUUCUUAAAAUAAGGCAUCAAGCAAAAAAAAAAACAAAACAAAAAAUCACUCCCAUAGUAAGGUUAAACGUCAUCCAUAGAAAUCACUUGAA